AUGCGGUACUCUUCGAGGCUGUUAAUGCUAGCUCUAGCUGCACAAAGUGUCGUCUCCGAGGUGGAGGUGUGCUCGUUGCCUGCCAGAGCGUUAUACGUAUCAGAUGGCAACAAGCUUAUGGCGUGCGCUGCGAGUGGCUCUUCAGCGCUCUCGACCCGGUGCCAAACUGCGUGCAGCUGCAGACGACUCGAGAACGACCAGAAUGUGUACGGCGUGUGUCUCAAUAUCAGCGUGAGCUUCGAGUGCGACGCUGCAGAGAACGCAACGCAAUGCACACAAGCAUCUGGGUCAUCAAAUUUAGGUGCAACAGAAUCUACGUCGGCGAGUGCUGCAGACAUUGCAGGUGCGUUUGCCAGCGACGACAACAGUGGUGGUGGCACAUUAAAAGCGUGGCAGUGGGUGCUUAUCGGAUUGGGGAUUGCACUCGUGGUGGGUCUGGUGAUCUUCAUCUUCAACUGGUUCAAGCAUCGCCCACAACGUGGUGAUAAUCGCAGAGAGGUGGUGCAGUCGCUGGAGCAGAGUCGUUCACAGCCCAAGGACGAUGUCGACAUGUUGCCUGUUGCACUCCGCGAGAGUCAGGCAAGAACUGCAACGAGUAACCGUGAGAGUGCAGCGCGAAGUACUACCCGUUCGCAUGAUACGAAUCCAUCCCAAAUAUCAGGCUUUUCAGGUGGAAGCUACCGUACCUAUGCUGGUAACCCCAUGAGCAGCACAUUGACGGACACGGAGGUCGUGGCUCAGCAUCAGGAGCGUGCGUUUUCUCCCAUCAGCGAUUCUGCCCAUUCUGUGGGAUCAUCCGACUACUCCCAAGGCGUCGAUACGAAUGCGACGCCAAAUACUUCGCUACUGGGACCCACUCGCGGGCAAAGCAACAGCAGUGACUCAGAAGCAUACCCGUCUUUUAGCAGCUACUCUCUCUCAAGUGAAAUGGACUCGUUCUCCAGUGAACUGACCGUUGAAGGCUCCGAGAUGGAGACUAAUGAGAGCGCUCCAUAUCCACGCAAGAAGUCUAUUGAGUUUUAA